GCCUGAACCGCAGUAUCCAAUCAAUGCGUUACUCUUAGGUGAAUCAUGAUGCCUUCAACUCAUAGUAUAUUAGUUCCGUAUGUACAGAAAAAGGAAGCUAUAAAUGUUUGGGACAGCUAUAAAAGUGGAAAACCAUUACAACUUGUACAUCGCAUUAACUCGGUUGCUAUUUCCGUAACACCUCCUUACAAGUAUGGUCUUCCAGAUGGAUAUAAUGUCAAUCUUUACAAAUGUGAUAGUGACAAACGUUUCCGUAAAUUAAGUGGAUUUUCGGCUCGAGUAGUUUGUUGUAAUUUUAGAAAUGAUGGGAAACUUGUCAUUGUGGGUGAAGAAGGCGGAACUCUGCGUAUUUGUACUACGGACAAAAACAAGUUUCAUCUUCGGAAGAUGAAAGCACACCAGGGUUCUAUUUCAACAGCUUCAUUUUUUUACGACGGGUUACGUGCAGCUAGUCUUGGAUCAGAUGCAAGUGUUCGAAUUUGGGACGUCACACUGGGUUCCCCAUUAGGACGUUAUGCGGUUUGCAAUGGGAGCGAAGUUGCUCGUGGCAUGGUAACAGGGAGAGUCGACAAUAACCUCUUAUGCUUUGGUGACCUUAAUGGAAAUGUUGCCAUUUACGAUGUGCGCGAGCCAAAACCUGUUCAAAAAAUCACAUUUCCGUCUGCGGUCUCUGCUCUUGCUCUUAGCAAGACGGAUAAAAUUUUGGCUGUUGCUGCUGGUUCAGUUGUACAGUCCUGGGACUUCUCAGCUCAGAAAUUUCAUGACUAUGGAACAAGUCAAAGCCUACAUCUUCAUUACAAAGUUAUUACUGGUUUAUUCAUUGAACAACAUCCCAUUACAGAUGAAGAAGUACUUUUAUCUGUUUCGCUAGACAAGCUCGUCAAGUUCACCAGUUUGCUGGAUGGUAAAGAAUUGUAUCAGCUCCAAUGUUCAUCGCCUUUGACUGCUAUAGGUGUCACGGUAGUUUACUUUUUUGUUAACUGUAGUUUUGUACCCUUCCACUCCUGUUCUGGUCCAUCCAUUUUCAUUGAAGUAACAGGAAUAGCAAGGGUGUUAUAAUUUACGCAUUUGAUGGUCCGAAAAUCGAUCUGUAUCAACAUAUCGAACAAAAUAUGUCUUAAGAAUUGUUUCUUCCUGUGCUUAAACUAAAGGUUUUCUCCUAUUCGUUAGAACGUUCGGGUUCGCUCCUGAGGAUAUAAAUCAUUGGAUCCACUCGGAUCUUUUAUACCUGCUUUACCAGUUGUUUGUUUCGUGGUAAUAUUAUGAGUUAUCUAAUUGUUAGUGGUAAAAUAGUAUAAAUUUACCGAUGAACUGCAUUUUUAAUCAUAUCUGUUUCAUCAGAUAAUCUCGCCUUCUCAACUUUUGUGGAUGAAAUACACAAUACAACGUGUUUACUUAAUUUUAAAUGUCAGUUACUCAUUCUGCAGUCCUUUCCUGUAUAAUUUACAUUUAUACUACCUGAUAAUAGUCUGCUUAAUACUCACUAUUCAGUAUUUUGCCGAACUAAGCUUCAUCACUUUAAAUUUUGUACCACGUUAGAUAACUCAUUUUUCUGUUCCUGUUUAUACAAUAUUGUAGCCAAAGUGUGGAAGUCUUGUAAUAGGAGGAGAACAUGGUUUCGUUAAAAUCAAACACUACGACUCGAAAAUAGACACAUUUGUCUCGGCAUCAUCUGAGGGGCAAAACAAAGCGUCUUCUAGUGACACAGAGGAUCCAUAUAUGAGUUUAUUGUCUCAGUUUUCAAAACCAAAUAAAGGCGAUCGCUUUAUGUCAAUGAAAAUGAACGAAUGGCUAGAAGUACCCUUAACUGGUUCUCGCCGUGCUCCCAGGGACUGGUUUUCACCCGAGAAAUUUAAAGCAACCGAAAGGCCGUAUGUCCCUUUAAUUCACCAAAAAACGGAAAUAUCACGCAGUGGUCAGUCGUUUUACUCUCAAACACUGACAAAUACAUAUAAUCGAGUAGACGUUCUACUUAAACGUUUUAAUCACUCUCGUGCGUUGACGUUAGCUUUAACCUAUCGAUCAUGGAUGCGUCGCUUUAAAAGAAAAACCAUUCCUACCCCUCAAUAUUGUUUAAACUUAGCACUUGCUGUUGUACGAGAAUUAAUAAGAAGAGAUACGUUAGUUGCCGCAAUCGCAGGUAGAGAUAAUCGUCAGUUAGAAUACAUUUUUGGAUUUAUUUACAACAAUAUUUGGCGUAAAGAUUCAUCUGCAGUUUGCUUAGAAUUAUAUCAUUGUAUAUUAAACACAUAUACUGCUGAAGAACUGAUGAAAACCCGUGGAUUCGCGAAAGUUACUAGACUGCUUGAACUCACAUCUUCAAACUUCUAUGCCCUAGGCAGAAUCGUAGACACAAUUGUAUAUCAGUCCCGCGAUUUACCGCAUUCAAAAAAUGAGCAAUUUGUAGAAAGUAUGUAUAAUUAUUCCUCAUCUAAUUCAGAAAAUUCACCAGAAUGCAAAGAAACAUCUGUAACUAAUAAGCGUAGAAAACUUAAUGUUACUUAGUUAUUGUAAUCUUGUAUAGUGAAAAUAAAUUUCCUUUCUGAUAUCCAUGUUUGUGGUUACCAGUUCGGCUUUCAGGUAAUACAAAUUUUUCGCUGUUUGCAAACGAGAAUUUCCGUUGGAAAAAUAAAAGAUUCCCACAAAAUCCAACCGUAACCACUCAAAAAAUUCCAAUAUUUUCAAAGCACUUGGGUAAAGUGGAACCUAACGCUUCAAAACUGUCAUAACUUGUGAACCUGUGUGCCCUGUUUAUUGUAUAACGCAACGAUACCGACAAUCAGAGAGCAGCGGAUUAUCGAUCAAACCAGUGACUCAUAAAACACAUGCGAACAGCCUAGAGUCCUUAUUGGUCUCGCUUCCUAUCUGGCCCAGCCUAUUAAGUCCAGAACACCAACCUCAACUUAUGCAAUAUGAAUCAUUUAUUUCAAACACUCGGUUUAUGUAUCAACCAGACACCACAACGUACAACAAAAUAUGAAACAUUUGUACAAGAGUUAGCCAAAUGUGGCUAUGAAUGAGGGAGAUAGUAAUUAAUAGACAGGCCGUAACCCAAGAAUGGUAAAUCGUAUAGUAA